AUGGCCUUCGGCCGUGUCGUUCUUCUGUGGAUUCAUAUUUCUCUAUCACUGGCAUCCCGCGGCGAUGAGCCAGCUGAAGCUGUGACUUCUCAAUCUGAGAGCUCCAAGAUUUGGGGUGCCUUCUCAGCGACGCAUGACUGGCUCCACGUGACCGGUCCAUCACCCAUGGUGACCGUGAUGUCGCAGCGCGGUCAGCUCUGCACCAUCUGCAUCUUCGGCCUGGCCACCUUUGCCAUGCUGCGGCAGAUCUAUUCCGCCUACCAAACCUUGAUGCAGGGCAUUCAGCAGGUCUCCAAGAUCCAAGAGGAGGCCCCAGUCCAGAUGAGCCCGGCAUCUUUCGUGGCUGCUGCGAAUGAGGAAGCCCUACGGCAGCAGCGCGGCAGCGCGGAGUUUCGACGGCAGAUGCAGGACAGCCGUAUCGCAAGCCCGCCGUGGCCGGCCCCGCAGCGCCGGCGCCAGCGCGGCGGGCGGCCGGGCGAAGGCGGCGCGGCGGAGCCGUAG